GUCGCCGUGAAUCGUGAAGUUCUGGGGAAGCUGCUGGCUCAACUCUUAUUCAAAACUUUGGCCAGACUUGUUUAACGGCUGUUUAUAAUACCUGAAUUUGUGGCCUCGUUGCGAAUCCGGUUAGCGCGGGUUACGCUGCUUCCUGACGGGUGUGAAGUGACUUUUGGAGCGCUCCUCAUGGCAUUAUUUUGGGCGAGGGAGCAGUAAUUAGCAGAGCCCUGUUGAUCAGAUCAGCCAGAGGUCGCAGAACUGCAGUGUAAGCGGUGGUCCCUCAGGACUGUAAGAUGACUGAGUAUAAGCUGGUUGUUGUGGGAGCAGGAGGUGUUGGGAAGAGCGCAUUAACAAUCCAGCUCAUCCAGAAUCACUUUGUGGAUGAAUAUGACCCCACUAUUGAGGACUCCUACAGGAAGCAGGUGGUGAUUGACGGUGAGACGUGUCUGCUGGACAUCCUGGACACUGCAGGUCAGGAGGAGUACAGCGCAAUGAGAGACCAGUACAUGAGGACAGGAGAGGGUUUCCUUUGCGUCUUCGCUAUCAACAACAGCAAAUCCUUCGCCGAUGUGCAUUUGUACAGAGAGCAGAUCAAGCGUGUGAAGGACUCGGAUGAUGUUCCCAUGGUCCUAGUGGGGAACAAAUGUGAUUUGGCCAGGACUGUGGACACCAAGCAAGCUCAGGAACUUGCCAGAAGCUAUGGCAUUGAGUUUGUAGAAACCUCUGCCAAAACCAGACAGGGAGUCGAGGAUGCUUUCUACACCCUUGUCCGUGAGAUCCGGCAUUAUCGCAUGAAAAAGCUCAACAGCAGAGAAGACAGAAAGCAGGGCUGUCUGGGCGUGUCCUGUGAAGUCAUGUGACCGCACUGUCUCCUUUUUUGUGUUUGUUUUUUGGAAGCAGUUUGUUGAGCAGGCAGCUGGAAGCCUCAUGACCACCGUGUGCAUGCGCAGAUUUCGCCCUCUGCUGGCUAAAAGGGAUUCAUGCACUGGUCAUCUUUCCGGGUUGGCCUGCUGUAAUAUAUAUAUAAAUGAGGCCAAUGGACAUUGUGUUUUAACCGAGGCUUAGUACUUAGGUUUUUCCCUCUUCCUUUGGAAGACCAACUUAAAACGGGCAUUGAGGUUGGGCAUUGGAUGAGUCUACAUUCUCUUCUGACCCCUUAUAAACAUGAGAUCAUCAAGCACAUUGGCAUUGAGGAAAAUAAAUCCAAAAUUAAUAUUCAUGUCACAUUUUACCCCAAAAUCUAAAGGAAUUAUUAUUAUUGUUUUCAUAAUUUAUCACAUUUUACCAUCAAAUUCUUAUCAUAGUUCUUGUAGAUGCUUCUUUUAAUAGACAUCAAAUAAAGGCAAAACCUACUACUGUGAUGCAUAAAUAUGAAUAUAUCAUUUCCUUAUUAACAUAAUGGUAAUUGAGAAGGAAAUGUGCAUAUUUACCAAACAUUUGAUACAAAAAGACCACAAUGCCAAAAAUUCUAGACGUCCUAACAUAUACACACACAAAUAUAUAAUUUCAGAUUGAUUAUUUUAAUUUCAGGCUUAUAUUUGGAGCUGUUCUUUGCAAGGUUUUUUCACCUUGGAAUGUUUUACAAUACAUCUAUAUAUCCAGAAGAAACUGUUUUCAAGUUAUUUUGUUCAGGAUUAAUAUAAUUUAUGACAUUUUCAUCUUCUCAGAGUUUGUAAAGGCCUCAGAAGAGAAUGAGUGAAAUGCCCUUUAAUCUUAAUCCGCAGGUUCAAUGCUCAGGAAUACUGUGAACUCAGAACUUCUUCUUCAAAAAAAGUGUGGAAUUUUUCUCUUCUGUUUUUUUAUUUUUAUUUUAAUGGUAGCCAAAGACCUUUAGCAUUUACCGUUUUUAGAUAUGUUUGCUCUAGAGUUUCACCUUCUUUGCUCUCAGAUGAUAAUUGUAUAUAUUGAUAUAUAAUACUUUAAUGAUUUGGUUUAGCUGCAGAAAAUUGGAUUGGAUUUUAAGCAUAGGGGUUUGAUGGAUUUUUACCUUUAAGGGCCUUUUGAAUCAUGGUGCUGCUGGUGUUCAUGCCAAAUCUGCGUGCCGCCUUCUGUGUCCUAUAUAGCAUGACAUCUUUUAGCUCCUAUUAAUGUCUUAAAUCUUCCAACAAAUGAGUUUUUCUUGGAAGUGUAACGGAUCAGAGUAAGGUUUGUUGCAUUGUUUCCAUGCCUGAGGUCUCCUCUUGAGAGCCACUGAAGGUUUCCCAAGAAGUUUAAAUGAUCUUUCUUGUUGACUAUCGUGUUAUUUAUAUGGCAUUUGUCUGAAACUGUGCCUGAUUUCAUUGAGAAUGAAAUCUGCAAUGUGGUGUUGUUAUUACUGCGGUUGCGUUUGGCCUUCUGUCCUCACACUAACAGAGGCAAGAUGUUUGCUUGAAAAUACAAACUAGGUUUGCCAUUAUGAUAACAAAUCCUUUCAUUUUUAAACUAUAUAGAAACUUGUUUUUUGUAUAUUUGUUUUGCCGUCUUGGCACACUUUAUCAGUAGCACAGACUUUCUUUAAUCAGAAAAUCAUGUGAAAAAGAGCAUUUCCUGUCUUUUACAUGUGUAACAGAUGUGCCUACCAUAUUACAAGAAGUUUAACCAGUAAAUUAACUGGAAUCUGA